UCAUGGCGACGGCUGUCGCUUAGCAACGGCUUGGUUUCGUUUCUGGCACAUCUUGAACUGGCGUGUGGACACCAUGGCUGAAUCCGAAGGACUCUGGCAAGAUCGAGAUAUCAGAUUCGAUAUCUCAAACCAAGACCUCCAAUAUGGUGCUGGGGAAGAACAAAUUGACAGGCUUCCAAAUGUGGAAGACACCAAGGGUAACAGUGGAGACAAAGGAACAUUGUAUGUCACAAACUUACGGAUUAUCUGGCAGUCCCUUGCUAGGCCAAGAGUAAACCUCUCUGUUGGAUUCAAUUGCGUCACAGGAAUAUCAACGAGAACUGUUAAUUCCAAAUUAUGCGGAAUCGCCGAAGCACUCUACAUUAUGACAAAGUCCAACAGCACUCGUUACGAAUUCAUAUUUACCAACAUGAGCCAGAUCAUGGAGCAGCCACGCCUUAUCGCAUCUGUCCUCAACACUUUCAAGGCAUACAGUGCCACCAAGCUGUACCGUGACCUGCACCUGCGUGCUGCACUUCUGCACAAUCGCCAGCUGCGACUGCUACCCAUGGAGCAGCUGUGCAGCCAGGUGAACGGAGUGUGGAACCUGUCCAGCGACCAGGGUAACCUGGGAACCAUGCACAUCACCAACGUGCGCAUCGUCUGGCACGCCAACAUGAACGAGUCUUUCAACAUCAGCUUGCCCUACCUGCAAGUGGCUGCCAUAAAAACGCGGGAAUCAAAGUUUGGCACAGCACUGGUCAUUGAGACAACAGACAGGAGUGGCGGUUAUGUACUUGGCUUCAAAGUGGACCCCAUGGAGCGACUGCAGCACAUCUACAAAGAGCUGUCUAGCCUCCUGAAGGUGCACAAGACCAAGCCAAUCAUGGGAGUGGACGUCUUCAUGGAGAAGCAGACAGCAGACGAGGAGGCCGUGACUCAAGACACAGGACCCGAAAUACAAGACGAGCCCGAAGUGAACAGUGCAGACGGAACUCACUAUGAUGCCUUUGCUGCCUACCUGGCAGACGGUGGUCACGAUCGUGACCGCGAGGUUGUGCUCAGCCCCGAGCUAGGUCUUGCUGUGGAAAAACUGCCCGAAGGUUUCACACUUGCUAGCCUCUGGGAAGUGCUGCCGCCCUCAUCCUGAGCCUACCAGUCACUCAAGGCC